UGUGUGUGUAUAAAUACUGGACAGGAGCGGCGGAGACGGGGCAGCACAGACUCGACCCGGCUCUCCACGCUGAGCUGAAAGCGCUCCUCUUACUCUGCAGCCAUGGCGCCUACUGCUUACGGCCAAGCCAGCAAGGAGCACCUGACUCCCGCUCACAAGCUGAGAAAGCCGAUGGUGGAGAAAUUACGCAGAGACCGCAUCAACACCAGCAUCGAGCAGCUGAAAUCCCUGCUGGGUCCCGAGUUUCUCCGGCAGCAGCCGGACUCGAAGCAGGAGAAGGCCGAUAUCUUGGAGAUGGCCGUGUCGUACCUGAGGAGCUGGCAGCAGCAGCAGCACAUGACCUCCGGCCCCAUGACGGCCAGGGACGGCUACUCCCGCUGCGUCCAGGAGGCCGUCGGCUUCCUGUCCCGCUGCGAGGUCCAGACUCAGGCCCACCUGCUGCUCCUCAGCCACUUCCAGGGUCUGCAGGCGUCAGGCAGGAACGGCCUCGGCCCCGGCAGCCCCUCUCCGCCCGGCUCUCCCCUCCAUCGGGUCAGCUCCAGUAAGGGCCUGGGCCCGACCGGCGGCUCUCUGUGGAGACCCUGGUGAAACCUCCCAACUGAGAGAGAGAGAGAGAGAGAGAGGGAGAGUGAGAGAUCACUAAGUCUGUGAACGUCAUGGACAGAAAAGUAAAAGACUCCCCUGGAGUCUAGCCUCCUUCUACCUUCGGCACAAGUUUAACUCUGUGCAGUGAAACUGCUGGUGGAAGGACUGAAAACUGUCGGGUUGUACUGAAUAUCCACACCAUGUGUGUUCAUCCCUUCAAAAGACUUGUGAUUGGUCGUUUCCCUGUUCCUGAGUGGAACGUUAACGGAAAGCCACCGCUGUGCCGUUUGAACCAUGUUGGUUUUAUUUUCUUUAAGUGUCUGAGACAUUUGUCGGAACAAUCUGUGUAUUGAUACCGAGUACCAGCGAUUUACAUGUUUCAUCAUUUUGCAGUUGAUGAAGUUUUAUCGAGCCGUAAAGUGAUCCGGUGGAUCCAUGUUUACUGUAAUCCUGUUGGGAUUCUAACAUGUUUAUUUGUAACCAAUGUUUGGUUUUUAUUUGAAUGAAGUUCUGUUUCCUGCCUGUUUAUGACGCCCAUCAUGGAUGUUUCACAUCUUCUACUUAGUGCCUUUUAUAAAGGUAUUUUAUUCUCGCUUCAGACUUUACUGAAACAAUCUCUCGUGUUGCUUCUGUGAGAAGUUUGCAUUUGAAAAUGUGAAAUAAAUCAACUUCUGGUGAAAUUUUAAACACAGAAA